AGAAGAAGAAGGAGAUGACAAGUAUAAUCGACGCGGCGGUGCCGUACAGGUCACCGGAGAAAGCAAUUUCUUCAUCUUCGUAUCCAGCCGAUAGUGCUUCGGGUCCUGUGGACGCUGUUAUCUUUGCCGGGAUUUCGCUGGUUCUGGGCACAGCCUGCAGACAAUUGUUUAAUGGCACCAGAGUACCGUACACCGUCGUCCUCCUCGUCAUCGGCAUUGUUCUCGGGUCUCUAGAAUAUGGAACAAAUCAUAACCUCGGGAAGAUGGGCCAUGGAAUUCGUAUCUGGAAUGAUAUUAACUCUGACCUACUUUUGGCCGUUUUUCUCCCUGCUCUUCUUUUCGAGAGCUCAUUCUCCAUGGAUGUGCACCAGAUUAAGAGAUGCCUUGGACAAAUGGUUCUGCUUGCUGGCCCUGGAGUCUUAAUUUCCACAUUUUGUAUUGGAUCUUUUUUGAAGCUCUCUUUUCCAUAUAACUGGGACUGGAAAACAUCAUUGUUGCUUGGAGGACUUUUAGGUGCUACCGACCCUGUGGCUGUUGUUGCUCUGCUAAAAGAGCUUGGUGCUAGUAAGAAGCUGACCACUAUAAUUGACGGGGAAUCCCUGAUGAAUGACGGGGUAUCAGUUGUGGUCUUUCAGUUAUUCUUCAGGAUGGUGAUGGGGAAUAACUCUGAUUGGGGUUCCAUAAUAAAAUUUCUUGUUCAAAACUCGUUUGGAGCGUAUGAAUUCUUGUUGUUCCCUUUGUUAGUGACAUUGUGUGUCAGUGCCUUUUUCUCUGAUUAUGUUGUUUGGUUCUGUUUUUUUAGUGUAGGCAUUGGUAUAGCUUUUGGCAUUGCAUCAGUUCUUUGGCUUAGAUUCGUGUUCAAUGACAUUGUUGUUCAGAUCACUGUAACGCUUUCAGUGAGCUAUUUCGCAUAUUACACUGCUCAAGAAUGGGCUGGGGUUUCUGGCAUUUUGACUGUGAUGACUUUGGGGAUGUUUUUCGCUGCAUUUGCAAGGACAGCAUUUAAGGGUGACAAUCACCAGAGUUUGCAUCACUUCUGGGAAAUGGUCGCUUAUAUUGCAAACACAUUAGUUUUUAUACUCAGUGGUGUUAUUAUCGCUGAAGGCGUUCUUAGCAGUCAGAAAUAUUCUUACGAAGGAAACUCGUGGGGCUUUCUUUUCCUCUUAUACUUGUAUGUCCAACUUUCCCGUUGUGUUGUGGUCGGAGUUUUGUACCCAUUGCUACGUCGUUUUGGCUAUGGCUUGAAUUGGAAAGAAUCCAUCAUACUCACGUGGUCUGGAUUAAGGGGUGCUGUGUCCCUAUCACUCGCUCUAUCUGUAAAACAAUCAAGUGGCAAUUCGUAUCUCAGUUCGGAGACAGGAACAAGAUUUCUAUUCUUCACUGGUGGGAUUGUUUUCCUAACUUUGGUCGUUAAUGGAUCCACUACCCAAUUACUCUUGCACCUUCUUCACAUGGACACUUUAACAGCCACCAAGAAACGAAUAUUGGAGCAUACAAAGUGUGAAAUGAUGAAAACCGCGUUAAAUGCUUUUGAAAAUCUAGGAGAUGAUGAGGAGCUUGGAUCUGCUGAUUGGCAAACAGUUAUAAGACAUAUUUCUUGUUUGAGAGAUUUAGAAGUUAAUCCUCGCAAUGGGUGUGAAGCAGGAAAUCUGGACCCUACGAAUAUAAUGGACAUACGUAUACGCUUCUUAAAUGGUGUCCAGGCAGCUUACUGGGAGUUGCUUGAUGAUGGGAGAAUAACACACAGUACUUCCAAUGUUUUGAUGCAAUCAGUAGAUGAGGCACUCGACCUUGUUUAUACAGAGUCUUUAUGCGAUUGGAGAGGUUUAAAAACGUGUGUUCGUUUCCCAAAUUACUACUACAAGUUUCUGAAAUCAAGAAUCAUUCCCCGCAAGUUGGUCACUUAUUUAAUCGUUGAAAGACUGGAAUCUGCUUGUUACAUUUCCUCUGCAUUUCUCCGUGCCCAUAGGACUGCGCGACAACAAAUGCAUGACUUUCUAGGUAACAGUGACAUUGCUUCUACUGUAAUCAACGAGAGUGAGGUGGAAGGAGAGGAAGCAAAACAGUUCUUGGAAGAUGUCCGUGAUUCAUUUCCUGAGGUUCUGAGUGUUUUGAAAACGAGACAAGUAACACAUUAUGUGCUGAAUCAUCUAAAUGGUUAUAUCAAAAACCUUGAGAAGGUUGGGCUGUUAGAAGGAAAAGAGGUUUCUCAUCUUCAUGAUGCUGUCCAGUCUGACUUGAAGAAGCUCCUGAGAAAUCCUCCUUUACUAAAGCUUGCAAAUGUAAACGAUUUGAUCGCCACCAAUCCUUUACUGAGAGCUCUAUGAGCAAUGUGGCUCAAGCUUCAAGGAGUUUUGUCAUGGACGAGAGUUAGAUUCAUGAACCUUUCGUGUCGGCUCAUGAUUCAAGUAACGAAGACUUAAGGUUUUCUUGUCAGAAUCAACUCGAGGAGGAGAGUCAGAUUCAGGACCGAGUCAGGAACUCGUUCGUAAUUUCAAGAUCGAGUUCGUGAACUCGUUAGUAUAGUUUUACUUGUAGAGAAAAUGUUUUGAGGGAAAAUUGUAAAAUAGAAUUUGGUGAGUUUUUCUCCCGUAGCAAAUCAAUCAUUUGUAUAAAGCUAGUUUUAGAAUCUUUCUACCGAGAUCGACCAACCACGUCAUCCCAAAUCACAAA